AUGACAGACCUACUAAACCGUGCUGGGAUGCUUGACUGCAAAUCCCUCACCACACCAGCAGCAGUCACAACAUCAGCAGUCCCUACAACAACUUCUUAUGACAACCCAACACACUACCGCCGUAUUGUUGGGGCACUGCAGUACUUAACGAUCACACGUCCGGAUUUGUCCUACUCUGUGAACUACCUGUGUCAGUUCAUGCAUUCACCGACAGAUGAGCAUUGGGGCAUGGCAAAACGGGUGUUACGCUACAUAAAAGGCACUAUCAGUUAUGGCUUGCGUAUUACUUCGUCAACGUCAACAGCCAUACAUGCUUUCUCAGACUCCGACUGGGCAGGUUGCCCGAUUGACAGGAAGAGCACCAGUGGUUAUGCAGUGUUUCUUGCUCGAUCAUCCACAGAAGCUGAGUACAAAGCUCUCGCUGAUGUCUCUGCGGAGGUUACUUGGGUUGUGUUACUUCUUCGUGAACUAGGACUUCACUCUUCCGAGCCGGCUACUCUUUGGUGUGACAACCUUGAGGCAACUUAUCUAUGUGCCAAUCCCGUGUUUCAUGCAAGGACCAAACACGUCGAGAUUGAUUAUCACUUUGUCAGGGAUAAGGUUGCCUUUGGAGACUUCGUCGUCAACUUUGUCUCUACGAAGGACCAGCUUGCAGACAUCUUCACUAAACCACUCACGGGACCUAGGUUCACGCUUGUUCGCGACAAGCUCAAUGUCGUCUCGCACCACCCUUGA